CGGCUCCCCAGGACGCAAACCAUGGCGUUUCGAAUAACCCCAUUAUGGGGUCGGAUUCUUUCCUCACGGGGGCCAUCAUCAUUUCCUCGUCGACUUCCCACUGAGCGCCCUCAGAUAUUCACCCGCAAGUUUUCGUGUCGGCCUCCACUGCAGCAACUAAUCACGCCAGCUUCAGAGAGGGCCUCCUGGACCACACAGAAUACAACUACGAUGUUAUACACAAUCAGUGUAAUUAUCGGAACUCUCGCCCUAGCUUACGGUUCCGUGCCGAUGUACAAAAUGAUUUGUCAACAAACUGGCUGGAACGGCCAACCGGUCUCGUCUCAUCUCGUUAACGGAGAAGAUACUUCGUCCCGUCUCACUCCGAUAACCGAUUCCCGCCGACUACGCAUUACCUUCAAUGCCUCUGUCUCAGACGUCCUCCCUUGGAAAUUUACUCCCCAGCAGCGUGAGGUUCGGGUUCUUCCAGGAGAGACUGCAUUGGCGUUUUACACCGCAACGAACAAGAGUGAUAAUGAUAUAAUUGGCGUUGCAACCUACAGCGUCACACCAGCUCAGGUUUCUCCAUAUUUCAGCAAAAUCCAGUGUUUUUGCUUUGAGGAGCAGAGGUUGAAUGCCGGGGAAACUGUGGAUAUGCCGGUGUUUUUCUUUAUCGACCCAGAUUUUGUUAAAGAUCCGGCCAUGAGGAAAAUUGACACGAUAACCUUGUCGUACACCUUUUUCAAGGCUCGUUAUGACGAUGAUGGGGUUCUGAAACCGAUUCCUACCUAGGAACUCGGAUAUUUCCCAUGACAUCCGUUAAAACUGGUGUACUGGCAUUCCUUGCACAUUGUACUCGACUCACGGCGACGAAUCCACCCAAUUAUCACAACGCAACAUUUCAACGAAUAAAAUACCACUCCACGCACUCCUAUCCCAUUCUUCUUGGCUCUGGCGUUCAGUGGACCGGACUCCCCUCAGUUUUGGCACAGUAUCAGGCGAAUAAAAUUCAUGGAACUUUGGCAUUUUCGACGGAACAUUAGAGGGCGUAUAUCUACGAUAUGUACUAUAGAAUUUUGUUAACUUUUGUAUAUAAACA